CCUCUCUACGCUCGAACACGUAUCCUUUCUUCCACUUCUCGAAAUAUCCCCGGCUCUUCUCAAAACCACUUGAUCGCAGUUCUGAAAGCUUCCCCCUUGAAGAUUAUAUUUGCAAAAAUCCCAGGACAAGACACAUCGCCCCCCCCCGCGCGCAGCACCGCAGCACCGCAUCAACACCACAACACCACAACCAUGAUCCGACACACGACAAUCUCGCGCCUAGACGGCAUCAUCCUCGUCGCCUCGGUCGACUCAGGCGAAGUCGACCCGGAACUCAACGAAGUCAAGAACAAAGUCAAGCUCGUGCAGCGCCGCCUAAACCGCAACGCCGAACCCCAAGCAAGCAUAGAAUCCGGAUCAUACACGUACCACUACCUCAUCAGCUCCGAGCUCGUGUUCCUCUGCAUAUGCGACCGCUCGUACCCGCGCAAGCUCGCCUUCACAUACCUGUCGGACCUCGACAAGGAGUUCACGCAGGUCUACUCCCAGGACAAGUACUUGGCGCCGGGCCUCCGCCCGUACGCCUUCGCGGGAUUCGACAAUUACAUCCAGCAGACCAAAGCUACGUAUCAGGAUUCGCGCGCGACGCAGAAUCUGGAUAAGCUGAACGAUGAGUUGAAGGACGUUACCAAGGUCAUGACGAAGAAUAUCGAGGAUUUGCUGUAUCGCGGGGAUAGUCUGGAGCGCAUGGGCGAUAUAUCGAGUCGCUUGAGGGAGGAUAGUAGGAAGUAUAAAAAGGCUGCUGUGCGGAUCAAUUGGGAGUUGCUGCUCAAGCAGUAUGGCCCUAUUGGCGGUUUAGCCUUCAUCAUCAUCGUCUUCAUCUGGUGGCGUUUCUUCUGA